GCGUCUCGCCCAUUUUCAGACUACACCAAUAAAGAGCUGAAGGGCUCGGGCUGAUCUACAGUCAUCAUUGUACCGUGUUAGCUCGUGUUUUCCCGGAGCUCGAGUGUGUGUCUGCGGUGAGUUCUGUCCUCGUGAUUCUCCAGUCUGAUCAUAAACUCGUCUGACAGAAAUGCGCUCGAUUAUCGGCCUUCUGCUGCUCAAUCUCCUCACAGACUGCUCUGUGUCGAUCACGCUCGUGGCUCCUCCUGGACCUGUAGUGGCUCAUGUGGGUUCCACAGUUAUUCUGCCCUGCUGGAUCUCUCCGGCCCAGAACGCUGAAGCUCUGGAGAUCCGCUGGUACCGUCAUGGAGAGUUCCGCAACACUGUGCUCUUUUACCAACAUGGCAAGAUACAAGAUGAACAGGAGGAGUCCUUCAGGAACCGCAGCUCUCUGACACCACGCUCGGAUCGUUCUGGAGGACUGAAGGGUGGAGAUCUGUCUCUGAAGCUGGAGAAGAUCAUCAUUCAGGAUGAAGGUUCAUUUCACUGCUACGUCAGUGGAGACAGUGCAUACAGCAACGCAGAGCUGAAGCUGAAAGUCACAGCUCCAGGAUCUGCUCCUGUCCUGUUCCCCAGGCCUCUGGAUGACGGCCGGCUGAACGUUAGCUGUAGCUCCAGCGGCUGGUACCCCGAGCCAAACAUCAUGUGGACAUCAGACCAGGGAAAGACUCUGCCUCCUGCAGGAGUGUCUCUCCAUCGGGGAGCAGACGGGUUAUUCUCUGUCCACAGCUGGACCACCGUCUCUCCAUCAGAUGCUCAGCUGGUCUCCUGCUCCGUGUCUACAGCAACUGGAGAGUCCAAAGAGGGAAAGUUGGACAUAAAGGGCUUUAUCUCCUCAGCUUGUUCAGACCCAUGGAAGCCUCUGUUUAUCACCGUUAUCAUCUGUGCUCUUCUGGGUUUGGCUGGACUGAUCCUCUGUAAAUACAGAAACAGACUAACAGAGAAGAAAUCAGCUGAAACAGGCUGUGAGAAUAUACCUGUGGAGGAGAAAACAGUUCCAGCAGAUAUGAAUAUAGAGGAACUGAGGAAAUAUGCAGAGCAGAUCAGUAUUGAUCGUGAGACUAUAUCUCCAGAUCUGAAGAUUAUGAGUGACUGUAAAUCUGUGAGGGACAGUCCAGAUUAUCAUCACACUGCAGAGGGGUUUCCAUAUCGGUUAUGUGCAUUUGGAGCUCAACAGUUUACCUCUGGUCGACACUAUUGGGAGGUACAGCUGGCAGCUCCAUCAAACCCUCCUAAAAUCUCCUGGUUAAUCGGUGUGGUGAAACAUGGUAAUUUUAGUGUAAAAGACAGAUCUGCUUUAACUCCAUCAAACGGUUUCUGGUUCUUGUGUUCAGAUGGUGAAAAUGGCUUUUACACAAACACUGAUCCCCCAAUAACCCUGCCCAUAUCCCCGAGGCCUGAGCGACUGGGAGUUCUGCUAGAUUAUGAUGCAGGUCUGCUGGAGUUUUACAGCGUUAAAGAGAGUAAACAUCUCCUGACCAUGCGCACUAGAUUCUCAGGCUCAAUCGUUCCUCUGUUUAAUCCUGGUGUAAGCGACAUAAGUCCACUCAAAAUAGAUUGUCCAGUAGCUGAAGAAUCACCUGCAGAGGUCACUCUACCUUUACUGAAUAACUGCAGCACAGUGGCCUGACUGACUGACACAGAGCUAACAGAAAUAAACCUGAUAGGCCUGUUUCACAAGUAUGGCGAUGGAGACCAGAAUAGAAAAAGCUAUUGAUUAUAAUCGACUGUGAACAGUUUGGAUUGAUUAUGGAGGAAAUACAUGCAAGCUAGUAUUUAUGUAAUACGUCUUUAUAUAUGUUUAAAACAUUGCAGUUGGUGUUUCUGUGUGGAGUUUGCAUGUUCUCCUCAUGUUAGUGUGGGUUUCCUCCAGGUGCUCCGGUUUCCCCCACAGUCCAAACACAUGCGCUAUAGGGGAACUGAUCAACUAAAUUGGCUGUAGUGUAUGAGUGUGUGUGGGAAUGAGUGUGUAUGGGUGUUUCCCAGUACUGGGUGGCGGCUGGAAGGGCAUCUGUUGUGUAAAACAUGCUGGAAUAGUUGGCGGUUCAUUCUGCUGUGGCAACCUCUGAUGAAUAAAGAGACUAAGCCGAAGGAAAAUCAAUGAAUGAAAGUAUACUAUUUUUUUUUACAUUUUCACAAGGGUUUAAACUAUAGAUCUGUGAUCAUUAAUUUUAUUGACUCACAUUAUUGUUUUAGUUUUUAUAUUUUAUUACAAUGUAAAAUUAACUAACUUUAACAAUCAUCUAAACUAAAAUUUCAUUCAUUGUCGGUAAGAUAUAAUGUGCAGUAAUUUGGUAGGAAAAUGCUGCCAUCUACUGAAAAACGAUUAUAUUAAACUGAGACAACAUUAAGAUCCUGAAUUAGUUAUUCUCAAUCCUUCAAUUAGACAGUCUAAUGUAUGUUUUCUUUGUGUGUGGAUGUGAGGAUAAAGUCACAAGUGUAACUAAUUCUAAGUAAUUUCAGUACCAAAAC